AUGCCUGAAAUUGCUGAAGGUAAGACUGAUCUGAUGGAACUGAGAAAGGCGGGUUGGCUCAUGUUCUCCCAGUCGCGCGGCAAGAAGAUCGCCAAGGUCUCGGCCCCUGACGAUGCCAAUGUCUUUGGCAAAGUCGGCACCAGCGGUCCAGCCUUUGAGAAAGCUGUAAAAGGAUGGAUUCACAUCAAAGGCGACAAGACGGCUUACACAAACUAUUACAAAAAGAUGAAGGAUGGCGAAGCAGACGUCUGGCCACCCAAAUACUGGAAAUUCCACAUCGAGACCGAAGGCACACCCAAAGUCUCGGCCGCCUUCACAGACCCCCGUCGCUUCGGCCGUAUCCGCCUCGUAGACUGCCCCGGCGCAGAUAUCCGAUCCCACUCGCCCCUGAAAGAAAACGGACCUGACCCGGUCGUCGACGUCGAUGUCUUCACGGAAACCUACCUCCGGCAAAAGAUGCAGUCCCGCCACGUCCCCGUCAAGGCCCUCCUCCUGGACCAGAGCCACAUCAGCGGCAUCGGCAACUGGGUCGCCGACGAGGUGCUGUACCAGUCCCGGCUGCACCCGGAGCAGUACUGCGACACCUUUGACGAAGGGGAGAUGAAGAGGUUGUACGAGACCGUGCGGUAUGUCUGUCAGACGGCCGUCGAUAAGCUCGGCGACUCGGACGAGUUCCCGGACGAUUGGUUGUUUAAUUAUCGCUGGGGCAAGGGGAGUAAAGGCGCCGCGUCGGAGCUGCCCAACGGGGAGAAGCUUGCGUUCAUCACCGUUGGCGGGCGGACGAGUUGCUAUGCUCCUGGGAGGCAGAAGAAGACUGGUCAGGUUGUGCCAUCGGCAAAGGAGGAGCCCGUAGAGGAGGACGAUGGCGGCGGCAAGAAGCCCAAGGCCGCUGCCAAGAAGAAGAGGCCGGCGAAGGCGACCGAGAGCGAUGAGGAGGAGGAGCAGAAGCCCAGCAAGAAAGCACGAGGUGCCAAGGGUUCCGCCCAGGCAAAGCCCACCACGGCGGCAAAGGUGAAGAAGGAGGAGACUCCCGAGCCCGCCGCCGAAGCACCGGCACCAAGCAAGAAGCAACGGGCUCCAAAACAAACUGUGGAGAAGCCCGCGGCCUCGUCAUCCAAGACCAAGAAGGCUGCCGUGAAGAAGGAAGAGGCGGCUGAGAAGACAAAGGCAACGGCGGUAGAGGACACGGGUAGACGGAGGUCCCUCCGACUAAAGGGGUGA